CUUAUUACAAUAUAUAGCGCCCGAUUUGUGACGCCGUUUUCAAAAACCCUCACCAUCAAAACCUUUUCCACAUCGAGGAACAAGGGGGAUAGAGAGAGAAGGGGAAGCGAUCGAUUUCUCUCCAACUCGGAUCGGUAUCCAUGGCGGCGUCGGCGUCGGCCUCUUCUCCGGAAGCAGCCGGGGAUUCGGGGACUGUCCUCUCCGAUCGCCGCCCCAAUAACUUCUUCGUAUGGAGAGAGUUUGUUUGGGGAGCACUUGCGGGAGCAUUUGGCGAAGGCAUGAUGCACCCAAUUGACACUCUGAAAACACGAGUUCAAAGCCAGGCCGUGAUCACUGGUACUCAGGCCCAGAAGAACAUAUUGCAGAUGGUCCGUACCGUCUGGGUUGCAGAUGGUUUGGGCGGAUUUUAUAGAGGGAUCACUCCAGGGGUAACUGGAUCACUUGCAACAGGGGCAACAUACUUUGGGGUAAUAGAAUCAACUAAGAAAUGGUUGGAGGAAGUAAAUCCUAACCUUGGUGGUCACUGGUCUCACUUUAUUGCGGGAGCAGUUGGGGAUACACUUGGCUCUUUUGUGUAUGUGCCAUGUGAAGUUAUGAAACAGCGCAUGCAAGUGCAAGGCACCAGAAAAUCCUGGAGUUCAACUGUGAUGAAAGGAAAUGUCUCUCAAAAGUCUGGUAUGCAGAUGUAUGGUUAUUAUACAGGAAUGUUUCAAGCAGGUCACUCAAUUUUGAAGGAGCAUGGUCUGAAGGGAUUAUUUGCUGGAUAUUGGUCUACACUUGCAAGGGAUGUGCCUUUUGCUGGACUGAUGGUUACUUUUUAUGAAGCGCUGAAAGAUUUGACGGAGCAUGGGAGGCAAAAAUUUAUACCUGAUGCUGACUUGCGUCUUGGUAGUUCUUUUGAGGGACUUGUAUUGGGAGGAUUAGCUGGCGGAUUUAGUGCAUAUCUUACCACUCCUUUGGACGUAAUAAAGACAAGAAUGCAAGUACAAGGAUCCGCUAUGAGGUAUAAUGGAUGGCUGGAUGCUUUUAGAAGUAUAUGGGUGUAUGAGGGCUUGAAUGGUAUGUUCAGAGGCAGUGUCCCUAGAAUAAUAUGGUAUGUCCCAGCCUCCGCCCUCACCUUUAUGGCAGUGGAGUUCCUGAGAGGUCAUUUCAAUGAGAAAUUGGAUGCUGAUGUCCGUGAAGUCAGUAAGUUAACAAUUGACACCAGCUCUCAAAAUUCGAGAAGCAGCUUAAGUUUCUGCACUUUCUCAUGAAACCGUCAUGGGAUUGUGUUUUGAUGCAUUAUUGAGGCUUUGAGAAUGGAAGCCAAAGCUUCCCAGCAGAAUCAGGCAAUUAAAAUAGAAAUACUUGUAUUCAAUGGAUUGUUCUACGGUCAAAUCAUUGAUUGAACUAUAAGAUUCGCAUCAGAUUUUUCUAUUUUCAUCCGAUAGAAAGGACACAAACUACAGUGUUAUGGAAGCCUACUGCUUGUCUGAUGUGUCCAGAUGUACACAACCUGGUUUGAGGAAGCAACUUUCUUUUGGUACUUUGAGGGAGCAAGUUUUUGCUUCCAUUUCAAACAUGAAAUGGAAGUAUUUGGCCCCAAAUUGGCAGGCAACUGCAAUUUUUCAAGCAA